CUCAUAUCUUAAUACACCAGUAGGCAGUAGCAUUAUUAUAAAGAAAUUAUAAAUUAUCACACUUUGAUUUUAUUAAAACGGUUUAAUAGGGUUGGCCAAAAACAUUUAAUAAAUGACAUGUUACCCCCUUAUAAACAGCCUAAAGACGCUACACAUUUAAUAAGAGACCACUCAAGAAAGAAAAGCUUCACGGAUCGCAACAAUGGCAGAGGAAGUGAUCCUUCUGAAUUUCUGGCCGAGCAUGUUCGGAAUGAGAACGAUGAUCGCGUUAGAGGAGAAAGGAGUGAACUAUGAGUAUAGAGAAGAGGAUGUGAUCAAUAACAAGAGUCCCUUGCUUCUAGAGAUGAAUCCGAUUCACAAAAAGAUCCCGGUACUCAUCCACAAUGGUAAACCGGUUUGUGAAUCCAUCAUCCAAAUCCAAUACAUAGACGAAGUCUGGUCCGACAAGAACCCAUUCCUCCCUACGGAUUCCUACCAAAGAGCUCAAGCCUUAUUUUGGGCCGAUUUCAUCGAAAAGAAGUUGUUUGUUUGUGGGAGAAAGACUUGGGCAACCAAAGGUGAGGAGCUUGAAGCAGCCACAAAGGAGUAUAUUGAAAUACUCAAGACACUUCAAUGUGAGCUAGGAGAUAAACCUUACUUUGGUGGCGAUAAAUUCGGGUUUGUAGACAUUGUCCUGAUUGGAUACUACAGUUGGUUUCCAGCAUACCAGAAGUUUGGUAACUUCAGCAUCGAACCCGAGUGCUCAAAACUGAUGGCUUGGGGCAAAAGGUGUAUGCAAAGAGCGAGUGUGGCUAAGGCUUUGCCUGAUUCAGAGAGAGUUGUUGGAUACGUUUUACAGCUUAAGAAGUUUUAUGGAAUUAAGUAAGAGAAGAUGUCUUCUUCUUUUUUUCUCAAACCAAAAAAGAAAGAAAGAAGAAGGUCUCUUUAAUUGCCAUUUUAUGUCCUGUUUAGCUAUACAUCAACGUUUUAUAAAAAGCAUCGACUCUUUUACCGUUUGGUUUGUGAAUUCUGCUUUGGUUUUUUUUUUUUUUUUCAUCAUUCUACUUUGGUUUUUGUUAAGAUGCUCUAUUUGCUCUGCUUUAUUGUGUUCUGUUUCCUUUAAGGGUCUAUAUGUUUUCUGGAUUGUUGUCAGUAACGGAUGUUGUUUCUUGCCACUCAAGAAUAUGAUUCAUAGAUUUAAAAGUA